AAGAGGAGAAGGUCGUGGAGGAGGAGAAAGAGGAGGGUGUUUUUGCUCGUGUCUAUUUAUAAUCGACUGUUUCUUUUUUUUUGGUCGUUAUUUUUUUUUUCGCGAGGUCUAAUGCUGGAGUUGCGGCACAGAGAAAAUAAUGUGAAGAUUUUUGUGUAGGACAUGCGCAGAUGCGGGAUGCCAUAUUGCACAGAGAGAGAGAGAAAGAGAGAGAGAGAGAGAGAGAUUCAGCUGGAAGAGGAAAAAGGAAAGAGGGACUCGCUGAAUUUCCCAGGCUCCAGAAACUUCAUUAAGGCCUCGAAUCACUGUGAGUUGACAAAGUGGAAAACGGUCAUCGGGACUCUACGUCUCCAAGGCAACAGCCUUCACAAGGAACCAAUGAUGACAUCAGCAGGGAGGAGCACUCAGAGCCCAUCCAAUGGGAAAGCAGAACACGGUCACUCAGAUAUGGAGUGCGGAGAAGAUGAACUGGAGUUUAACUGGGAUGAGUAUCUGGAGGAAACCGGAGCCUCGGCAGCUGCGCACACCUCGUUCAAACAUGUGGAGCUGAGUCUGCAGAGCAGCUUCCAGGCUGGGAUGAAGUUGGAGGUGGCCGACAGGAGUCGUGCUGAUACAUACUGGGUUGCUACCGUCAUCACAACGUGCGGCCAGCUGCUGUUGCUGCGCUACUGUGGCUACGGUGACGAGCGCAGCGCUGACUUCUGGUGUGACGUCAUGACUGCAGAGCUGCAUCCUGUGGGCUGGUGUGCGCAGAACAACAAAGUGCUGCAGCCGCCUGAAGAUAACAUUUACCUCAGAGCAGCCAUUAAAGAGAAGUACAGCGACUGGACUGAAUUUCUAGUGAAGGAGCUCACGGGCUCACGGACAGCACCAGCUAAUCUUCUUGAAGGGCCCUUAAGGGGUAAGAACACAGUGGAUCUGAUUGUCCCCGGGAGUGUGUUAGAGGUCCGUGACACCAGUGAUCCUUUCGUGUACUGGCCGGCACGCGUGCAGCGGAACGUCGGUGGCCGUCUUUGGCUCAGCUAUGUUGGAUUAGAUGAGCCUGCCUACUACGUCUGGGUUUUCUACCUAGACGUCAGGCUCCGUCCACUGGGAUGGGCCAAAGAGAACUGUCUCACAACGGAACCACCAAAAGAACUGCGUGAUCUGAGGAUUGCGGCGGAGUGGAGCGAUGCUCUUGACAAAGCCAUGUCUGCAGCCCAGGAAAAACCUCUACCUCUAGAGGUCUUUAAGGAUCAUGCUGAUUUGCGUAAACACUCAUUCAAAACGGGGAUGAAGCUAGAGAUGGUGUCACCACAAGAACCCUUCCACAUCUGCCCUGUAUCAGUCACUAAAGUGUAUAAUGAGUAUUACUUCCAGAUCACUGUGGACGACCUGAGCGGUGAAGCCUCGCCUUGCUCGGUGCUGUGUCACGCCGAUUCUCCAGGCAUCCUGCCAAUCCAGUGGUGCUUAAAGAACGGCGUCGGUCUGCAAAGGCCUAGGGGGUUUCAGUCUCAGGACUUUGAUUGGGCAGACUAUCUGAAGCACACUGGUACUGAAGCUGCCCCGGAUGCCUGUUUCCCCAGUGCGUCUCUGAGUCGGGGCUUCUGUAAGGAUACGUGGUUGGAAGCCGUAAAUCCACUUCAGCCAGCUGAAAUCAAUGUUGCACGCAUCACUCAGGUUAAAGGUCGGCUCCUCUGGCUCCGCUAUGAAGGCCUGAGCAAACCCCUCACUGAGUGUAUAGUGGAUGUUGAGAGCAUGGACAUCUUUCCUGUGGGCUGGUGUGAAGCUAACUUUUAUCCUCUAACACCUUUACGCAAAGCAGUGUGUCAGUCUCAAAAGAAGAUCGCUGUGGUGCAGCCGGAGAAACAAUUGACUCCUCCACCCAAAGAAAACAUCUCUUUAAACCAUUGUCAGUCUGUCGCCAUGGACUCAGUUUCUGUAAAUGGAAAGUACUGCUGCUCUCAGAUCUUCGUGAAUCAUCGCUGUUUUUCUGGGCCAUACCUCAACAAGGGAAGAAUCGCUGAGUUACCACAAGCUGUGGGCCCUGGCAAGUGCACACUCGUCCUUAAGGAGGUACUGACAAUGUUGAUAAACUCAGCCUAUAAGCCCAGCCGUGUUCUCAGAGAGCUACAGUUGGUGGUCGAUCCACAGUGGAACUGUCUUGAGGAAACCUUGAAAGCUAAGUAUAAAGGGAAGACUUAUCGCGCAAGCCUAAGGAUUGUAUGUUUGGCUGAGCAGGUGGCAGAUUUCUGCCGCGGAGUGUGCCUGAGACUGCAGUGCUGCCCCAACCUGUUCGGCCCCACGCUCGUCUCGGAGACGUGUCCGGAAAACUGCUCCAUACACACCAAGACCAAGUACACACAUUACUAUGGAAAGAAGAGAAAAGUGGGCCGUCCCAGUCUGGGAGUGUGCACUCAGGACGGCGACAUGGCCAAACCCGCUCGCCGCAGAAAGAAACGCAAAGCCGUCUUUGUCCAAAAGAAACGUCGCUCUACUGUUACAGGAUACCAUGCCAUGGAGUCGGCUCAGCAGGACAGUGAUGAUUUUGAUUAUUUCGAUGACGAGGAAGAGGAGGAGUCGAACAGCGGGGAAAGCUCCAGCUUGGAGCUGCGCGAGGAAGCUCCUCUGCGCUUCUCUACGCGGCGAGGCCGACCCUGCAGGUCUCUCACUCUGCCUGGGACCGGGGCAUCGACAGAGCAGCCAUCACUGCGCAGAUCCACACGCUCGCUCUCUUACACACACACCCCGGCACCCAAGCACACACAGCCGAAGACGGCGCAUACAGAGGAGCAGGAGAGUUGUCUGGUGCUAGAGAAGAAUCCUCUCGAGUGGAGCGUAUCAGACGUGGUCAACUUUAUCCUGUCUACAGAUUGUGCCUCGUUGGCCAAGAUUUUUCAAGAGCAGGACAUUGAUGGUCAGGCCUUGUUGUUGCUGACCCUCCCGACCGUCCAGGAGUGUAUGGAUCUUAAACUCGGCCCUGCUAUCAAACUCUGUCACCAGAUCGAGCGGGUUAAAGUGGCCUUCUACUCCCAGUAUGCGAAUUAAAGCUAAGACAGACUUACAUCAGUUUCUCUCAGUGGAUAAGUGCGCUUGAUACACACUGCUCAGGGGCUCUCACACCAUCAGAACGACAUCUACAGAACUGGACAUAUGCUGCAAAGGCGAAAUCACGAGGCUUUCCUGAAAAACGUCUGCUCAAGUAUGCCUUCCGAACCCCUCUGCCGUUUAUGAUGAAUGGAUUUAAUCUCAGGAUGAAAUAGAAGACUGGGGGGACAGCUCGUGAAGACGUAUAGAGUGAAGUUACGGAAAGCCGUCCAUUCUUCGUGUGUAUGUCUGAGGUUACUGAAGCAGAUUUUUUUGAAGGAUUAUUCUCAAUACCAAAAAUGAGACGGACGGACUUGCAUUGUUACAGAGUUACCUUCAUCUACAUAACAACAAAGGAUCAGUUCUACGUGUGCUGUGUUGCUUCCCUUUGGUUCUGGCUUCCGAAGCAGUUAAACAAACCUUGACAUAACUGCAUGUCCUAUACUAGGAUUUGGUUUCUUGGAUCGAUACAUUUAUAUAUUUUUUUUUUAAAAAGGCACUGAACAAAAAAAAAGAAAAAAAAAACCUGCACUGAAUUCAAGCAAUCAUACUGUACAUUGGUUAGUAUUGAACUGAAUUAAUUAUAAGAACAUAAUUAACAUUAAAAAAACAGCUGAUGUGAAAAAAUAGUUUAAUAGACUAGCAAGAUGCCUCAGAUACUCAAAAAUGAUUUUUCUCUGCGUCAUCAUUAAUUACGACUAAAAGGCAAAUUGUGAAGAAAUAUGUCCUCAUAUCGAUCUGAGGAACAAAAUCCGCUCAUGAUGUUUUAAUAGCAGAUUUAGAUUAUCGAAUUGUUGCCUUUUUUAUCACAUUGUUUUGUGUGCAAACCCGAGAUAUAGAUUUACACCCCUAGUGGAAAUGGACCAGUCAUGCAAGCUCAUGAUGCAUGCUACUGAAACUUCAAUACAUCUGGAGGAUUAAAAGUUCUGUCCACUAGGGGGCAAGUGAGAGUCAAAGCAUACCUCACCAGCUACUUACUUCUUAUUCUAGGCAAGAUGAACAGAGUUGAAUGGCAGCACCAUGAUAGGUAGUACUGUAUAUCCAGCGUUUAAACCUAGUCUAAUAGGAUGCAACAUUUCACAUUGGUAUGUUACAUUUAUUUUCACACUUUCACAAUAAGAAUGCAAAAUAUCUGUAGCAUAAGUACAUGCACAUAUGACAGCCUAAUGCCAUCACGGGAUUUCAAUGCUAGUCGGUUUCAAUAACCCGAACCUCAUCCUGAGCUGAUUCAUCGCGCGUCUGCCAUCACCGUAUUCUGACGAAUUACAAAACUUUCGAUACAUUCAUAGAUGUUAGUCACGAUCAGUGAAUCACUGGUAUUUGGGAAGCACCCAGCUGUUUAAACAUUCUUCCAUCCUUUAGUAGAGGAACUGACCUUGCAAUGAAACAUGACUUAAAGCAGUACAGAAGAACAAACAAGAACACAUAUGGAGAAACGCCCAUGUUCGUGUUAAAGAACUGUGAGUAACCACCAAAACGGUCUGAAUUUCCCUUAGGAGACCAAAUGAUAUAUUUAUACAAGUGUAAUUAGAUUUAAACAAUCAGUGUAUAAAAUGAAUAAUAUAUUUGAGAUAUUUAUUUUGGCCUGGCAAAAACAGGUGCUCUGAUUUUUUUUUUUUUUUUUGCCUUUUUUUCUUUUUCUUUUUUUUUUUAAAAAGGGACGAUACAGAUUCCCUGGUUCCUUAUUUCCACCAAUUUGUAAAAACAAAUGUUAAAAAAAAAAAAAAAAACACUGGAUACUCUAUGGAAAUGUUUCAUCAGCUAUGCAAGAACAAGACCUUUCUUUUGGUAAUUUUCUACUUUGCUCUAUGACCUAAUGCUUCCCUUGCGAAUUUUGUACAUAGGUUGUGUACUGAUUUUAUUACCUAAUAGUAAAAUCUAGUUUUAAUACAACAUUGUGAUGCACUGAAAAAAAACGAGCUGGGAGUUUCCCUUUUGUAAUGUUAUUGUUGGUGUUGUUAUUAUUAUUAUUAUUACUAUUAUUACACCAGAAAUGUAUCCUUCUCACCAAGGUUAAAAAAGGUGAUAGAAAGUAUAACCAUAUGAUGAGGACAAUGCAAAGGCAGAGAAAUCUAACCAAAAUCCUGUGACUAUUUAUACAUCGCACUAAAAUUAAACAAUUGUCGAACAAUGCUGUAAAUCACCCAUUGCCCAUAAAAGAGUGAAGAACUUUUCAGAAUGUCCUGGAGUGUUUUUAUUCAUUUUAAUAAUCUCAUCAUGGAAUGUGUUGUAAUUUAUGUUUAGCAUAUGUUUUGUUUAAUGUAACUAUACUGUACCUUUAAGGAUAGUAUUCAGCUUUAAUAAAAAUGCACAAUGUUUGCAAAAAACAACAAACAAACAAAAAAGAUAAUUGGAUUAUAGAUUGUUCUGGGGGAGAAAGUUCAUUACAUGGAAAAUCACAUGCAAAUGUUUUUUACCCAAAUAAUAGACAGGAUGAACAUGCUUCCUGUUAAGAUGAGGAAACGAGGCGAAAAACAAAUUUUAUGAGAGAUUUGAGGUUUUCAUGUAAUAAAAAUCCGCAACAUGAUUUUUUUUUAAAUGCAGUCAGCUUUUAUUUACACACUAACUUACCUAAAGCUUGAUUCUGUCCAGAGAUGAAUAACCAAAUAAGUAAAAGCUUUUUUAUAAGCAUUUUUUUAAGAAAAAAAAUUUCGAUUAUGUAAGUUUAUUCAUGCAUUAUAGAUUGAAGAAAGAAAUUUAACCAGCAAAGGAAAUGACAUAAAACAACCUUCCAAAGAAUUACUUUCAAGAGUUAUUUCAAGACAAUACAGCUGAUACUUCUGUACACUGAGUCAUAAAGAAACAAAUUCUGUCAUGGUGGAAAUUCAGCAGAAUUUACAGACAGCAGCGAGCGCAGUGAUCCAGCCCCUGUGGCUGAUAAUUGAUUGUCAGAAGGUCCUUGAAUUGAAAGUGGGUUUCCCAGCCCUGUAGACCUUUUGGCAGAAAAUCCCAGCACAAUAUGGCAAUAAAGAUAAACAAAUGUACCGUUUA